ACGCGGUUUUGCGGAGUCCGCAGACGACUUCUUCCAUCAAGUGGCUCGUCUCGCGGAACGAAUUGAACGCAAUGAAGUUGUCCAUUGCGACAGCUGUCGCAGCGCUGUGCGCCCUGCUGGCGCUCGGUUCAGCGGCUCUCCUGGGCGCACCGAUGAAGCACGACGCUAAAGACUUUGAAAACUAUCUCGACGAAGCUCACUAUGUGGCGGCGACGCAGGUGGACGGCCGCGAAUUCUACGACACCGUGGUCGAAAUCCUCGAAGCCGAAACGCAGAUGCUAAUUCACAUGAAGCCUGUUCUCGGGCUGUACCGAACCCGGAAGACUUCCUACCGAAGAAGCCGAAAUAGACAAGCUGCUCUUCUCCGCUGUUUUCAAAAAAAUGCCAUUGAGACCCCUCGACUUCGACCGCACCACCGUAUUACGUUCGUCUCAUCACAAACUCUUCACACGUGCGGGUCUGAAGGGACUAUCCAAACUUGCCUUCGAUCCGGCAUGCCUGCCUUUCCAUGGAUGACAUAUAAAAGCCAAUCGUGCACUAAGGCAGUUUGUGAACGCUGGCCCGGAUGUCGAAUGUUCCGUGCGCGUGUAGUGCUCACUCUCUCCAUCCUUCCAUUCCCUUACCCCUAACGUCGGGUAGCAAACCGUGCGAUCGUCUACAGUGGACCUUUCAUAUCCUUCCUAUCCUUGCUUUCUUCACUUUCUCCUUUAGCCAAAACGUGUAAUAUUGUAUGUUACUGAAUACAGAAGUUAGCGUAUC